ACAGAAAGACGUUCUGCUGGUGGUGAUGUUCAGCUCCUUCUCCUGCUCUCCUCUCUGUGGACUCACAGCCGCUCAGAGCAUUGUCUCCUCUGACAUCUCAGCAUCCCAGACACACUCCACUCCAGCCAACCAACCACAUGCAUGUUUUAAGAGGACUGGGAUGGACGGUUGGAUCCUGAGGGCUGGUGACACUGAAGUCUUGGUGAGAUGUCCUUGAGUGGCAAUGCGAGCCACUCUUCUCCACCAGCUCUUACUCUGCCCUUCAACAGCUCCACCUCUUCAUACUCCCCAGCAUGGGAGGAGGGGAGAAGCACUCACGAGUCUGUGCAGGAGUGGUCGGGGAAUAAAACGCAGCUCCUCUCAGACCUCGCUGUUCUCGGGCAUGAUGAGCAGUGCCCUAUGUCUCCUGUCCUCACGGCGUGUCUGGUGGUUUGGUACAGCAUGACAAUGGUGCUGGGGCUUGUGGGGAACAUCGGCCUCAUCUGCAUCAUUGCCCGUCGCAGGGAGAAGGUCAAUGUCACCAGCAUUUUCAUCUGCAACCUGUCAUUCUCUGACAUCCUGGUGUGUGUCUUCUGCCUCCCCUUCACUGUCAUAUACACACUAAUGGACCAUUGGGUGUUUGGCUCGCUGUUGUGCCGGCUGGUGCCGUUCAUCCAGUGUGUGUCUGUGACCGUGUCUGUUCUCUCGCUGGUGUUCAUCGCUCUGGAAAGACAUCAGCUCAUCAUUAACCCCUCUGGGUGGAAACCAAGCAUCCCUCAGGCCUACACGGUGCUUGUUCUCAUUUGGAUUCUGGCCUGCUUCACCUCCUCUCCUUUCCUGGCCUUUCAGCUGCUAACAAGCGAGCCGUAUACUAAUGUCAUGCUGCCCCAGUCUCCACUCUAUCACCAAGCCCCUCCUUAUAUCAAUGCAUCAACACCUCAACCUGUUUCCUUCACAUACAAAAACUCAUCUUCACCUAAAAAUGCAUACAGCGCCCUCUUUUCUUAUGCGCCCAUUACUCCGCACAUGGAGGCCUGUCUGGAGCACUGGCCUUCCCAGCCGCACAGACUUGCUUACACCACAUGGCUCCUGCUGUUUCAAUACUGUGGUCCUUUAUUGUUGGUCCUGCUCUGUUAUGUUAAGGUUUAUGUGCGCCUUCGCCACCGCAAAGACAUGCUGGACCGUGCCAGGACCCCAGAGAGCCAACGCAUGACAAACAGCCGACGGAUCAACAUCAUGCUGGUCGCCCUCAUUACAGCCUUUGCACUUUGCUGGCUGCCACUCACCAUCUUCAACGUGGUGUCAGACUGGAACCAGGAGGCUCUGCCCAUCUGCCAUCACAACCUUCUGUUCUCCCUCUGCCACCUGCUGGCCAUGUCCUCUACCUGCAUCAACCCCAUCAUCUACGGCUUCCUCAACUCCAACUUCCGGCAGGAGGUGAGAGAGGUGCUCCUGCACUGCCGCUGCAGCCCGCCUGAGGAAGAGUGCGAGCGUUUCCCCAUGUCCACUGUGCACAUGGAGGUGUCCCGUUCCUCUGUGCCUCUCACGUGCAGGAGCAACUCUCUCUUUGAUAUAACAACCUGAAGGAUGCUGCACUAGAAGGAUACAGACAGAUAAACUGAAUUACAGGACUUAUUCCUGCUGGUUUUAUACCUUUUAUGGCAUCACAAUAUAUUUGAGUGGUUUAAAGUGCAACAUUUGUUUCAGUGGUUUGAAGUGAUGUUUGCCGUACGGUGUUGAUUACUCCUAAUCUGCAGUAGCAGUAGGAAGUGUAUUUAUGUAGAACAAAAGAUCAACAGAAUGUCAUUUCGAAUUAAUCUGUUGCUGUGCCCCUAGACGUUUGAAACAAAUUGUAGUUCAUAGUAAAAUCAAACCAUUUCACCAUUUUGUAAUAACAAAUGAUCAAACGUGUGUCCUGUUGGGUGCCAAUUAAACUGUGAUUUUAGAGAGCGUCUGCCUCACCACGAACAUCAAAAAAAUACCAAAUGAGGGAAUAUCUUGCUUUAUAAAGAUGUUCAUCCAUUCAGUAACGUUUUAGAGGAUUGUGCUGCUGUUAUAGGGUUGUGGUUGACCAACAAUACUUUCCUAUGUGUUUUCUUUUGUAGUGCUGCUGUUGUAUUUCUUACAUUUUAUUACUUCUUUUGUAUUUAUGGCAUGUGUGCUCUGAAAUAGGCGUGUGAGUUGCUACAGUGAAACAAAAGGUGUCAUUAAUGCGAUUCAUAGAGGUAAACUGUAAUAUUUUAUAAAAUUGUUAGACAGUUGGGUUAGAUGUAAUAAAAUAUAUAUAAAUGCCAUCAGACACUUCUAAUGGAUGUUACAUUUUGUACCGUUUAUAGAGGUGCACUACAUUCUCAAAUAUCUUCAAAGUAUAAAUAUUAAAUAUUGUGUAUCUAAUCCAAAUGCUUGCUGAGAACUGUGUUUAAGUGAGACUGAUGAUGAUAUAGUCCUGUAUGUGCCUGGUUUAAUAAUCAAAUUACUAUCAUAUGCUGUAUAUUGGUAUACCUCAAAUGCCUUAUUCUUUGUGUUAAAUAUUUUAAAUAAUGUAACAAGAAUUUGUAUUUUAUUUAGCUCAUGAAUGCACUUUACACUUCUAUUAAUGUGCGUGUGUGUGUGUGUGUGUGUGCGUGUGUGUG